AUGGCCAAACCUUCAACCCGAUCCCAGGAUGGCGCUCCUCCAUCGUCGAUCGACAACCAAGCUGCAGAGGUCAUCUCCGACUCUGUACCAGCUCCAGAUCCCUCAGCAAAUCCCAUUCGAAAUCCACAAAUUAGGGUUCCAUCUCAGCCCACAGAUCCGUUUCCCCAAGCUCGAUCCACCAUUGUUGACGACAACACCAAUCAAGCCCCUACUUCUCGAUCGGUUGCUGAUGAUCACUCCAGUCCUUUUUACCUCAGCACCGGUGAUCAUCCCAACUUGGUUCUUGUCUCCACUGUCCUCAACGGCACCAAUUACCAACCCUGGAAACGAGGAAUCACCAUGGCGCUCACUGCCAAGUACAAGAUCGCAUUCAUCAAUGGAUUUCUUCCUCGCCCAGAACCCGGUAAUAUCUAUCUCAACUCUUGGUUAAGGUGUAACAAUAUGGUGAUGUCUUGGUUGAUUAACUCUGUUUCGUCUGAGAUUGCACAAAGUAUUAUGUACUUUGAUUUAGCUACUGAAAUGUGGAACGAUCUUGCUGAGCGUUUCAAUGAAGGCAAUGGCCCUCGAAUUUUCCAAUUGCAGAACCAAAUCACCCGACUUCAACAGGGUGACAACUCCGUUUCUGCUUAUUUUACUAAGCUGAAAUCCCUAUGGGAUGAACUCAAAGAGUUCCAGCCAAUUACCACUUGCACCUGUGGUGCAAUGAAAGUCUUUUUAGACUGUUACAACCAGAAUCAAGUUCUCCAGUUCUUGACUGGUCUGAACGAGUCUUUUGCCUCGGUUCGAGCACAAAUUCUGCUCAUUGAACCCAUCCCUAACCUUUCCCGCGUUUUUGCUAUGAUAAUUCAAGAAGAACGCCAAAGAUCUCUUGGCUCAACUGAACAAAUCCCCCUUGCGGCUGCUGCUGGUCCUUCGAACCCAUCAAGAGCCAAGAAACCAAGGCCAUCAUGUUCGAAUUGUGGCAAACCUGGACACUUAAACGAUAAGUGCUACUUUCUCCACGAUUUUCCACCCCGGUUAUGGAGAUAA